AUGGAGACCAUCCUGUUUGGUGGCGGCUUCUUCGUCCUGGCGGCCUGCGGGUACCGCUGGACCCGUCGCAGUUCCGAUCUGGUUAGCGCCCUCGCCACCAUCGCCUUCACGGUCCUCGUUCGCCUGUCGGCCUUCCUCCUCCCCGUCGACUUGUUCAUCCUCAACCUUCGCGACACCUACCGCGCCCAGCUCCAGGCCGAUGCCCUCCCGCACUUCGAGGCUCAGCAGUUCCUCGACGGGCACAUGAGUCUGGCGCCGGGGUCCGAUUUGGCGGAAUACGCGCUGCUCCCCGACUCGCCCGCGCAGUCGGGCACGGUCUUCGUCUUCACCUUCAUCAUCUGGCUGUUUCUCGUCUGGUUCGCGACCGGCUUGUACGCCAACUUGGUCGCCCAACUCGUGUCGCCCUACUUUGUCUACAGCCGCCGUGCUCGCCUCUCGCCGCGUUACUGUAUCCCGGCCGCCCUCCUCGGCAUCGCCUACAUGUGGUACCCCGCCAUCUCGGACUAUCUCGACGUCGCAACGGUCAUCUCGAACAAGAGCCUCGUAGCUAAGCACCUGUACGAGGAGGACGGCUGCCCCAAGUCGCUCUCGGCGCCCGAGGGCUAUUGCCAGCUGUUGGCCAGCGCCAUCACGUCGCCGCGCGAGCACUUCUUCGGCGGGCACCUGCUCUGGCGCGCCAUCAAGAAGACCAUCGAGGAGGCCAAGGACGAGCAGCGUCUCUCGUCGGCCAUCCUCAUCGGCGGCGUCGUCCUUCACCUCGCCUUCAUCAUGCACCUCUGA